UACCACCUAUACGGUUCGUUUAAUAAUUGGAUAGCAUUAUGCCGACGGGACGAAUACGAGGAUCCUUCGGGGCAUUUUUUCUGGUUAUUAUAAUUUGCUGCAGGAACCUGGUAUGUGGACAGCUCUCUUACUCUGUAUCAGAGGAGGUAAACCCGGGUACAUUUGUAGGAAAUCUCGCCAAAGAUCUCAAUCUCAACGUGCACGACCUAGAAGCCCGUGCGUUUCAGCUUGUCAGCGGAUCAAAGAGGAUAUAUUUCGACAUCAAUCUGAAAACCGGAAGUCUUUACGUCAAUGAAAGGAUCGAUCGAGAGGAGCUUUGUGAAAAGGCUGCGACGUGCUCUGUUAUUGUCGAGGCCGUGAUCAACAGUCCGCUGAAGCUCUACCGGUUAGAAAUUAACGUCCUGGAUAUAAAUGACAACGCACCAUAUUUCCCGGAGAAACUGCAGACUCUUAAUAUAGCAGAAAGCACAGCGCCUGGAGGGAAGUUUGGAUUUAUAGGUGCCUUGGAUGUUGACGUCGGGAGGAAUAGUGUCAGGACAUACAGGCUCAGUCCCAAUGAAUAUUUUGCGCUCGAGACGCACAAAGGAGGGGGGAGUGUGUCUGCUGAACUCGUGCUGCAAAAGAGUUUGGACCGAGAAAAAGACGCUAAAAUAAAGCUUACACUCACUGCAGUUGAUGGGGGAAACCCGCCCAGGUCAGGGACGUCACAAAUUGUUAUUAAUGUUUUAGAUAACAAUGACAAUGCCCCGAUAUUUGGUAGCUCAUUGUACAAAGCAAGCAUAUCUGAGAAUUUAUCAAUAGGAAGCACAGUGAUAGUUUUAACUGCACUUGAUGCUGAUGAAGGUGUUAAUUCAGAAAUAGAAUAUUCAUUAAGAAGCAAAGGUCAGGAUCAUGUUUUAGAUUUGUUUCAAAUUGACUCUAAAACAGGUGCAAUUCUAAUCAAAAAUAAUGUUGACUAUGAAGAAAACCCUGCUUUUGAGAUUCACGCUCAGGCCAGUGACAGAGGCCAGCCUCCAAUGUCAGCUCACUGUAAAGUGCUGGUGGAGGUGGUGGACCUGAAUGACAACGCCCCCGAGAUUAUUGUGACGUCACUGCUGAGCAAUGUUAAAGAAGACGCAUCUGUAGGAACAGCUAUAGCUCUUGUGUCUGUGCUGGACAGAGAUGGAGGCAAAAACGGGGCAGCAAAAGUUGUUAUUGCAAAUGAGAGCCCCUUCAAACUGGAACCAAACUAUAAAAACUAUUACUCAUUAGUUGUUAAUGGUCCGCUUGACAGAGAGACUGUGGCUGAAUACAAUGUUACUGUAGUGGCAUCUGAUGAAGGAACUCCAUCUCUGUCCAGCACUAACAUAGUUCAUGUGAUGGUUUCUGACGUCAACGACAACCCACCUCGGUUCUCUGAACCAAUAAUUAAUGUGUAUGUGCGAGAGAACAGUCCAAUAGGAGAGACGGUCAAAACUGUGUCUGCAGCAGAUGCUGAUACAGAAAAACAUGGUGAGGUGAGCUAUUCGUUGUUGCAAAUGAAUAAUCAGAAAACAUCUUCAUUGUCACCAGUGAAAAUUAUUUCAGAGACAGGAGAUAUAUUCAGUCUGCAGAGUUUUAACUAUGAGGAGUUAAAAACAUUUCAGUUUAAAGUUCAGGCCACAGACUCUGGUGUUCCUCCACUCAGCAGCAACGUGACUGUAAAUGUCUUUAUCCUGGAUGAGAAUGACAACAGUCCAACUAUCCUGGCUCCUUAUUCUGAGCUCGGUUCUGUUAAUAGUGAGACCAUCCCCUAUUCUGCUGAAGUGGGCUACUUUGUAGCAAAGAUCAGGGCUGUGGACGCAGAUUCUGGAUACAACGCGCUGCUUUCUUAUCACCUGUCUGAGCCCAAAGGAAUCAACUUGUUCAGGAUCGGAACCAGCACCGGGGAGAUCAGGGCUAAGAGGAGAAUGAGCGACAACGACCUGAAAACUCACCCCUUGAUGCUGAACUCAUCAGUAUUAACGGAGGAGACACUUUUACCAGAACUCAGACUUUACCUAACACUGACAAGUACUUCCUGCAAGUGUCCACAUGAGGACAUUGUAGACCAUGACAUUUUUACUGGCUUCACUGUCCCCGAGCUCCACCCAUGUUCAGCAGAUGAUUUUACAGACACAGACAAAGAGAUUCAGUUGGAGAAGAGGCGAGGCGCAUCGACAGGAAAAAAAGGACACUCUUCAUACCCGUUGGUUCUUUGA